GCGCGGGAACCAGUGAAACAUGAUGCUAAGAGGAGUUCGUCGAGUGUGCCACCGGUGCAAGGCACCUGUGCGGCGGCUGUCAGCCAAAGCUGACAAGGUCACCGACGAGAAGAAACCAGUGAGCAUGUUCCUUGCCAAGGAGGACACGUUGACGACGCGCAUCAUGGGAUCUGACUGGGCAGAUCGCCGUGGCCAACCUGUCUCGUUCAGCAUGAAGUUGUACUGGUCGAUCUUUGGAUUGUUCAUCCUCAACGGCGUGUAUGCUCAGUACACUGGCAAGGACGAGUUUGAAUUGUACCAUGAGGUGCGAUCUACGAUCAAAACAGCUCUCUUUGGCAAACUAGAGACGAACGAGCAUGUGUUCGUAUCCGAAACUGAAAGCAGUAAGAGCGACGCUAUUGCGGCGGCGGCGGCUAUGACCAUUGACGCAACUACCGAAGUACAGGCAGAGGUCCCAAUCACCAAGCCAUCCGCCGAAUCAGCCGGUGGAGAGGACCUGCCACCUGUCAUAGCAGCCACGGGCCCCAUGGCGGCUCAAAAGGCCGCGUCACCCCUCUUUGGUACGCUCAGUCGAACGGGGCCGUCAAGGCCCCGUCCAGUUUUGUCUAAGGAGAAGCUGACCUUCGAACUCAACGCACUGCGAGAACAAGAAGCGCAAAACCGGCGAGAACUGCGAACGGGAAGUUUGCGCAACCUGGACGUUGUAGCCGCCGAAAUCCAGGAAAUCCAGCGACUGAAGGGUGAGCUCAAGCGUCGGAUCAAAGCCAUGGCGUAAGUCUUGCAAGCAAGUCGGAUUUGCGCCGCGAGGCACGCACCGCCCUCGAGUUGGCACCACCAUUCCAAACAUUCCAUGUUGAUGAUUGCAUUGUUCCGAUGAUGCGGGAUGCCAUCGGUUUAAUACCAUAUUUUUACUCCUGCAACAAUCAAAAUCCAUGUGCAC